AUGCCACGCCCAGCCCAUGCCUCGGACGCGGAAUCGGCGGAGCUUUCGCUUUCGGGCGGCUUGAAAUGGGUUUGGAGUCUGGGCGAAGCGAAGCGCCGGUAUGGGGAGCACUGGGGAGAGGGCGCGGCGCGGUGCUUCUCUCUGGAGUCCGAUAUCCUGGACGAGGACCAUGCAGUGCGCCUGAUGCCGGUGCCUGACAGCUUCGUAUGCCCCAUCGCUGCUGCCAUCAUGGUGGACCCUGUUGCCACAGUGGAUGGCUCCGUCUAUGAGCGGAGUUACAUCGAGAGGUGGUUCCGGGAGCGACGGCAAGAAGGGCACCGGAUCACCUCCCCCAUCACCGGGCAAGAGCUGCCCUCUGCCACGCUGAUGCCUUUGGUGGCCCUGCAGCGCGCCAUUGAGGCGUACCUGGCCCACCGGCCGGAGCUGAAGAGGGAGCAGAUGGCAGGACGCUCGUUUGAAGAGGCGGCGGCGAUUUUGCAGACCGAUCUCUUCGAAAAGCAGGCGGUGCACGCCAGCACGCAGGAUAAGCUGAAAAGGCUGAAGCAAGCCAACAAAGACCUCCUGCGCAGCUUGCACGAGAGGGAGGAACGGAUCUCGCAAUUGGAAGGCCAGCUGGGCCACUCUUCAGCAUUCCAGGCAGCCAAAUCCAAGGUGGCGGCCUCAUCAGGUGUGCCAGAAGAAGGCCCUCCUGACCUCCCAGGACUGGAGACGUCAGGCCUAGAACCCGAGGCCAGUGCGCCGGUCAAGGCCAAGAUGCCAGGAUGGCCUCUGGCAGGUCUAAUGCUGGCAGCGCUCGCCAUGUGCUGUGCCUUCGGAAUGCGCCAAGCUUCGACGAAGCCUUUGCACAUCCCAGACGUCCGGCCAUUGCACAUCCCAGACGCCCGGCCUUUGCACAUCUCGGACGUUUGGCAAGAGCCUGACGUGAGGACAGAGGCCAAGAACCCCGCGCUCGCUGCACAGCUGCAGCAGGUGCGAGAAGGCAGCCUUGAGGAGAAACAGAAGGCGGUGUUCAUGCUGCGGAUCUUCGCCGCGGAGCACGAGGACAACCAGGCGGCCAUCGUGCGCUCGGGGGCGCUGCAGCUCUUAGUGCAGCUCCUGCACCACGAGUCGCCAACGCUGCGGGAGGAGGCGGCCCGAGGGCUUUGGAACCUGGCGCGCAACAACAAGGAGGUCAACGUGCGGAAUCAGGUGGCCAUCGGCAGGGCGGGGGCCAUCCUUCCCUUGAUCCGGCUCCUCGACGACCAGGACCAGCGGAUCCGGGUGGUGGCCGCAGCAGUGCUGAACGACCUGGCCGCUGACAACUCCGACAACCAGCUGGCGAUCACCCAAGGAGGCGCCAUCGACCCUCUGGUGCGGAUCCUCAAACGCGACGAGGCCCCAGCUCUUGUCAUGGCGGCGAGCCUCCUCAAGAGCUUGGCUCAGACAGAGCAGGGGAGCUCCGCGCUUGCGGCUGCGGUGCCGCCUUUAGUGACGCUGCUCAAGGCAAAGACGAUGCUGGCGCAGGAACAGGCAGCGUCAACCUUGGGAGCGCUAGCAGCGCACAGCCCAGGCAUUCAGGCGGCCAUCGCGCAAGAGGGAGCUGUGGCGCCCCUAGUGGAGCGCUUGCACGGAGACAUGAUGAAGGGCACGGCCAUCGUGGCGCUGCGGAACCUCGCGGCGCGGCACGCGGAGAACCAGGCGAAGAUCGCCAAGGCCGGCGCCAUCCUGCCGCUGGUGAAGCUGCUGGAGGAUGCUAUGCCAACGGUCCGUGAAGAGGCGGCCAGCGCACUCUGGACUCUGGCGCAGGACGACAACUUUGAGAACCAGCUGGCGAUUGUUCGGGCCGGCGGCUCGGCCUCGAUGGUGGCACUCCUCAAGGGAGAUGCGCAGGAGCAGGCAACUCUCGCCCUGCUGCAGCUGGCAGAAGUGGGCCAUCGGCGACCACAGCAGAUUUGCCUCCGCUACGGCGACGAGAGAGGGCUCACGUAUUGCGAGGUUUGGGCGGCGGUGGAGCGUUGCGCCAGCCACUUGGCGCUGAUCGACGCUGACAUUCUGGCGCUGGUGGCGGAUCGCUCCUAUGGACUGGUGGUGAGUCUCUUGGGAGUGCUGCGGUCCGGCAAAGCGUACAGCCCCAUCGAGCCAGACUUCCCGGCCAGCCGCGCGCAAGCGAUGCUGCAGACGGCGGACAUCCAGUACGCGCUGGUGCCAGUGCAGCAAAUGCCGCAGCCCCUGCUGCAGGGCAGGGACCUAGUGGUCCUGGGUGUGCACGAUGACGGCCGCGUUUGCACGGAGAACAACGUGGUGCUGGCCUCAGACGUGUCCAAAGUGCCCAAGACGGUGCCUGACAGCGCGACGGCAUACGUGCUCUUCACCUCGGGCUCCACGGGGACGCCCAAGGGCUGCAUGGUGCCGCACCGGGGCUCCGCGCUCUACGCGCGCGCCGUGGUGGAGGCCUGCGGCCUGGAGGAGUCCAUGAGCUUCCUCUUGAAGACGCCCUACGUCUUCGACGUGUCCAUCCAGGACAUGUUCACGGCCUUCUGCGCGGGCGGAACUCUGGUGAUCGCCGAGCCCCAGGCUCACAAGGACGCGGGGGCCAUUUGCGAGCUGAUCGCCGCCAGGGCUGUGAACUGCGCAUGCUUUGUCCCCACCCUGUUGGUGGAGUUCUGCAACUACCUGGAUCGCAACCCGGAUGAAGCGAAGACGGUACAGAAGAGUCUCAAGAGAAUCUUGACCAUUGGAGAGGCAUUGAUGACGGCGACGUGCAAACAGAUGUUCGCCCACUUUCCGGAGCUCCAAAUUCACAACCUCUAUGGGCCGACGGAGGCAAGCGUAGGAGUGUCACACUUCAUGGUCACCGCACAGAACGCGGAAAAGCUUGGAACCGUGGUCCCCAUUGGGAAGCCCUUCCCCUACGUGAGCUUCUGCGUCUUUGAUCCCAGCAAGUACGAAGGGCAAGCGAUCAAGGAGGAGCUUUUGGCCCCUGUUGCGCCGGGAGGGGUAGGCGAGCUCUUCAUCGGGGGCGACUGCCUGGCUACGGGGUACAUCAAGAAUCCCGAGAAGACACAGGCGGCCUUCUUCGACUUCGCGCUCUGCCCGCGGCCAAGCACCGCGGCCUCACCCUUCACGCUGUACAAGACGGGGGACCUGUGCAAGGCCGAGGGGGAGACCUACCACUACCUGGGCCGCAACGACUUUCAGGUGAAGAUCUCGGGUGUGCGUGUGGAGUGCGAGGAGGUCUCCGCGGUGCUCAAGACGCACCCGGUGGUGGGGGAUGCGCUGGUCACCGCCUUCGAGAGCCCCUUCGGCAAGGCCCUCGCUGCGUAUGUGGUCACCAAGGAGAACGUGGACUGGUCCGCGCAGGACGAAACAGGGGGCGAGGAUGAAAUUUUGAAUGUAAACAGCUGGGGCGCCGUGUACGAUGAGAUGUACAAGGAGACCGACAACAGCGUCUCGACGGAGGAUCCUACUUUGAAUUGGAGCGGGUACACAGACACCUACUCGAGGCGGCCCCACAUCGAGCCGGUGAUCAAGGAAUGGGUGGAGUGGAGCUGCGAGCAGGUAGCGGCCCACAAGGAUUUGCUGAGCGCUAGCGAGGUGCCCACCAUCACCGAGCUGGGCUGCGGCAACGGGAUGCUGCUCUUCCGCCUGGCGCCGCUUCUGGGCCCUCAGGGCCGGUACAUUGGCACGGACAUCUCCUCGCGGGCCCUCGAGACGGUGGCGGAGAUGCAGAGGAGCCUGCCGCAGUACCAGCACCUGCACGUGGACACCAAGACUCUGGCAGCCCAUGAGAUCCUGGACGUGUGCAAAGAGAGGGAGAAUGAUAUCGUGCUCUGCAAUGGCGUCACCAUGUACUUCCCCAGCGCCAACUACCUGCUGAAGUGCAUGCAGCUCUCUGCCGAGGCCACGCGGGACGGCGGCUUGGUGGUCUUCGGGGACAUCCAGAGCAGGCGCCACGUGCUGCCCUUCCGCGCGCACGUGGAGACCUACCAGGCGCUGAGGCGCCAGGACGCCACGGCGCUGGCGGUGCUGCAGGCGGCCAAGCAGAGCGUGGCCGGGGAGGAGCUGUCCUACUUUGAUGACAACCUGUUCCACCGCCUGGACCGGGUGGGCAGCAAACUCUUCCAGGACCGUUUGGCCAAGGUAGAGCUCCGGGUGAAGCGGGGCUGGUGGCACUCGGAGUUCAACCGCUUCAGGUACGACGUGUGGCUGGUGCUGCAGGAGGGAGACAAGGCCGAGACGGAGGCCAAGAAGGAGCCCAACUUCCGGAGGGUGGAGUACGAGGAGCUGUGCCGCAGCUUGGGGCUGCAGCGCGGGGACGGCUGCAGCUUCCUGGCGGACCCCCGGCUCAGCGAGCGCCUGCCGAGCUUCGUGGCGCAGCUGCUCAGCGAGGUGUCAACCGACUUGGACGGCUUCGUGCUGGAGCUGCCGAACGCCCGGACCUUUGCCGCCACCUGGCUGCUGGAGUGGCUGGAGAAGGCGGCGGCGGAGAACUUGGAGCUGUCGCGGCUGCCGGGGCUGCUGCACCCCGCGGACGCCUGCUUGUACGAGGACCGGGACGUCUUCGGCGUGGAGCCCGAGCUGCUCUUCACCAUGGAGCUGCCAAGCGGCUGGACACAGCGGGUGAUCUGGGCCGAGGACCCGGGCUUCCUGCGCUUCGUGGUGCUACGGGAGGAGGCUGCAGCCAGGCCCUGGUUGGCGGCGGCCACGGAGGCGGAGCGACGGGAGCUGCCGGAGGAUUUGUCGAGCUUCAAGAAUCAGCCGGAGGACGUGGAAGUGACCUUCGAUCCGCUGAAGGCGUGCAACGACGUGAUGAAGGCUUGGGCCGCGGGCACGUCCUUGCUGCCAGCCAUGCGCCCUGCCGUGUACAUCCCCCUGGAGGCCUUCCCGAAGACCUCGGCGGGCAAGAUCGACCGAGCUGCGCUGCCGGACGCCGUGGAAGCCUUUCAAGAGGUCUCCGUGGUGACCGAGGCCUACGCGGCCCCGGAGACCGAGGAGGAGAGGCGCAUGGUGGAGAUCUGGGAGAAGGUGCUGAAAUCCCCGGGCCAGGUGGGGGUCAGGACCCCCUUCGUGGCCUAUGGUGGCCAUUCCCUGACUGCGGUGCAGCUGUGCUCCGGGAUCAGCGGCGCCUUUGGGCAGCGCCCGGAUCUGGCCUUCCUCAUGUCUGAGGACUGCACCGUGCGGGCGCUGCUCGCGAAGCUGCAGGCGGGGGACGUCGUUCCAGAGAGCGGCUGCCUUGUGCGCCUCUCCCCCGCCGGCCAGCACGGGCUGCCGAUGAUCAUCUUCUGCGCCGCGGGCACCUCCGCGGCCACCUACGCCGCGGUGGCGGAGCGCACCACGCGCCUGGAGCUCUUCGCGGUGGAGCUGCCCGGGCGCGGCACCCGCGCAGAUCAGCCGGCCCUUGAGGAGUUCCAGGCGCUCUUCGAGGAUUUGAAGCCCGACGUCCUGCGCUGGGCCCGCCGCCAGCGCCGCUUCUUCGCCUGGGGGGACUCCUUGGGGGCGGUGCUCGCCUACGAGUUCGCCAGGCUCUGGCAGCAGGACCCCACCACGAAUCUGCUGGGCCUCUUCGCCAGUGGCAACGCGGGCCCUGAGGAGGCCUCCAAGGAGCGGGGCAUGGGGGAGUCCGCCAUGCAGCACCUGGGGAAGAACUUCGCGUCCUGCGCGGAGAUGGGGAAGGAGGACUGGACGGAGUUCCUCCUGGCCUCCGCGGGGAAUGCGCGGAAGGAGCUGGAGGCGUUGCUUCCGGAGCUUGGGGACAGCAUCGUGGGGCCGCUGCGGGCGGAUUGCAUGGCCUACGAGAGCUACCGCCUGCCAAAGGCCGAGCGGCUCAGGUCGCCCAUCAUCACCCUGCGGGGCGGGGAAGACGUGGUGACCACCCCGCAAGCCAUCGCCACCUGGAAGUCUGUUGCGGGCAGCCGCUUGGAGCACAAGGACAAAGGAGAUCACGGAGACGGCGCGAGCGGUCGGUCAGCCUGGGCAAAAACGUGGAAGGUGCGUCGGCGGGCACGGGCAACUCUACUCACCGCUCAAGGAUGCGGGCUCAGCCAGGACGACACGCGGGCCAAGAUGCAGCCACGCUGGCAGGAAGAGCCGGAGCUACUGCUCAGCCUGCAAGAGCAAAAAGGGCGUAAGGAGGCCGGUUGCCACUCAACAAACUCAACCAUCGAAAAAACAAUAACGCCGCGCGGGCAACCCCAAGGGCGAGCGCCAGAACUGCGACUGACUUGGCACCAAUGGUCAGAACUUGCCCCUGCCCAGCUCAGUGUCUUCAGUGCGCCGCUGGGCGCCCACGGAGGUCUUCGCCAUUGA